GGGAAUUCGACUGUUGGCACGGACAACACAACAUUUAAAAAAAAAAGUGCGUACUUCUUUUAUCAAAAAAAUACUGCAUAACGUCUUGAAGACCUACUUAUUUCUUGUCCGUAGUUGUUCUUCUCUCUCCAGCAGGUGGACUCGAAGUCGAUUAUUAUAAGCAAUCCCCACUCUGGCAUCAUUACUCUGACGUCUUUCAUUUCUGCCUGCAAGGCUUACCAAUCGAUAGAGAGUGCGACAAUACAGUAGGGUCACAUCACAUGUGUAGGCUACCUCGAUGCCGGUGGUGAUCCAUAGGAGGUAUCAGCGAAGAAGUUUCAUGAUGAAACGAUGACAAGAUCCUAGCUACUCCCUUGUUCAAUCUCCAGGAGACAUGGCUAAAGCGUCUGACAGCAAAAGAAAGAGAGAUCUUUCUUUAGCCUCUGAAGACUCGGGUCAUAGUAAGAGAUCAAAGGUAGAAUACUCGCCACCUAUCCAGCCUCUGGAAUCCAAGAGCCCACCACACGUUACUCGCUGUUUUGAACAUCUACAUGAAGCCAUUUCUCUCCCAGAGUUGUCUGGACUGCUUCAGUAUGCGGUCCUGGGGGAAAAUAUAAUCACCAAACCAAGUUGGUGUCGCCUUCAUCACCAGCGUAAGCUCUCUGGAGUGACUGUCACUGUACUGGAGGAUGUAACGCAAGUCCACUUCUACCGAUACUACCCACAGUUCAAAAACCUCCGGAGGAGGUACAAGACUAGAUGCACUCUGCUUCCUUGUGUCGGUGAUGUCUCUUCAUUUAUCCUCAACUCCGAGUUGUCACAUUCCGGAACGGUGAUGUCUGACCUCCCAAGAGCAUCGUUGCCUAGCAGCAGCACCACCAUUCUAUUGCCACCUUCACUCUCCAGUGUUUCAGCAAGUCACAAAGGUGGAGAUCUGCAAUUGCAUCCCGUGAUCAGGAAGUUUGGUUCAGAAACACGUGGCCUCUCUGCAUACAUCCUUACAGGAGAGGAAAUGUCAAAGUACAAGUUUCCUCUUAAAGGUGCCCCAGACUGUAAAUCAUUUAUCUGCACAGAGAAAAAUGGCCAGGUGACCGACAGCAGCCCACUCUAUGGGCUAGACUGUGAGAUGUGUUUGACGAAGCUUGGCCACGAGGUGACGCGGGUGUCCUUGGUGGACAGCUCGGGGCAGUGCAUGCUGGACGAGCUGGUCAAGCCACACAAUCCGAUAUACAACUACCUCACCAGGUUCUCGGGCAUCACCAAAGACAUGCUGGCGCAGGUAACAACGCGACUCGCCGACGUCCAAUCAAAACUCAUACAGCUGUUGCCCCAGGACGCCAUUCUGGUCGGCCAUUCCCUCGACUGUGACCUCAGAGCCCUUGAGAUGAUUCACAAUAACGUGAUUGACACCUCUCUUCUGUACCGGAGGGAGUAUGGUGCCAGAUUUAAGCUGAAGGUUUUGGCUGAGGUGAUUUUGAAGAGGGAGAUCCAGAGUGAGGAGCGGAGAGGUCACGACCCCACAGAGGACGCCCUCGCUGCUCUGGAGCUGGCACAAUACUUCGUCAGCAAAGGACCCCGACAGGUUGUUGAAUUACACCUACAGCAGCUGUGGGGCUCGCCUGCCAGUCUUCCAGAGUCCCCUGUAAACGGCUUCUGUCACAAGAGCCCCCCACUGGCCUCCCUGAACACUGUGGCCUCCCCGCUGGCCUCCCUAAACACCGCAACAACGUCAUCCGGCCUUUCCACCUCCCGCCUGACGUUCGGUCGCGCCCUCUUCAAAACUGGCCAACCAGCACUGCAGCUGGGCAGACUGGCAGGGACUCCCAGCCAGACGUCCAAUGAGCUUUGGCGCAGGCAAUGCUGCAGCUCAGACAAGAAGGUGCUGGAGGCCCUGAGGAGGCAGGUGCAGUCUCACUCCCUCAGCCUGCUGCAGCUCAGCUCCUACUCCCAGCUGCUCACACGCACACAACCCAGCUACACACGACGCAACCUGCACAAGCUGGUGAGUAGACUGAGGGAGAUGUGUGUGGUGUACGUGGGACCGCUGUCUCCUGACUGCACAGAGAGGGACGUGAAGAGGCUCUGCAGCAGCUGUGGGGUCCUGAGAUCAGUCACGCUGCUGAGCUCCACACACCGGGUCUAUGCUGUAGUCGAGUAUGCGCUGUUAGAGGGAGCGGCUCUGGCAGUGGAGAGACUCAAUGGCUGUGCCCUACAUGGAUGUCCCGUGCAGGUGCAGAGGCCAGUGGGAGAGGUCACUCUGGACUUGGAGGAGUACCUGUGUGACCUACGCGAGGACCCCCUUAACGAGCGGCUGAUCUACGCUGCCAACAUCGCCGCAGACAACCCUGCUGACCUCCAGAUGACCUUUGACCAGUUUGGCCCCGUGGAGGGAGUGAGCGUCCGAUCGCAGCGGCCCAGGAAGAAGAGGAAGCACGCGUUUUUCAAAUACCACAGUACGGAGUCUUUGGAGGCUGCGUUGGACCCGUCGGCAGAGCUCACUCUGGGACAGGUAAAGGUGUGCCGGGCACUCACCCCUCCACACCUGUGCUCCUGGACACCAGACGCACCCGAAACUUCACUGAGCAACGGAGAGAACGGAGAGACUGAGGGGAGGACAGAUGGAAUGGUGGGAGGAGGAGGAGAAGAGGAAGAUGUAAUAGAUGAGGAGUUGGAAACGGAAUUGGACAGUGAGACGGCCGGCGUGAUGAGGAAGUUGGACUCGAAGGUUGGGAAGAUAUUCGAGGCCUUACCCGAGAAUACGCUCAGCAUCGUCAUCUUACCUGGAAAGGAGAGUUUGCAUGGCACAUUCCAUCCAGGUCUGUGCUUCAUGGAGGUCAAACAGAAGUCAACUGCCUUUAACCCUAUGGAGAGCCUGAAGAACAUAGAGUGAACAUGCACAACACUGGAGGGGAAAAGACAUUGGCACAGAACAAGCCGAAAACACCUAUAUGAAUAAAUUUGUAUUGUUGUUCAAACAGA